UUUCCGCUUCCGCCGGGAGCCGGAAGUCAGUGUCUCGCGGGGAAACCGGGCCUCGGCACCCGAGAGAGCGAGUGCAGUCUCACCCACCCGUGGACAUGGGACGCCGGAAGUCCAAGCGGAAGCCGCCCCCUAAGAAGAAGAUGACGGGCACCCUGGAGACCCAGUUCACCUGCCCGUUCUGUAACCACGAGAAGUCCUGUGACGUGAAAAUGGACCGUGCCCGAAACACUGGAGUCAUCUCUUGUACCGUGUGCCUAGAAGAAUUCCAGACGCCCAUCACAUAUCUGUCAGAACCAGUGGACGUGUACAGCGAUUGGAUAGACGCCUGCGAGGCAGCCAAUCAGUAGCCACACAGAGGACCCACCCCCUCGGCGGGGCUGCCUGCCACAGACUCAUCCAGAGACAUUCCAGGGGUCCGGGGUGUGGGUCCAGGCUGCUACCACCCUCCGUGUGUGUGUCUGUGUGUGUGUGUGCGCACGGUGGGCAUGGGUGGCCGCGAGGCUUGUCCUGCCGUGCGGCUCGAGCUGAGGGCUUGCAGGGACCGAUGGCCCGGACUGGCCUCACUUGGCCCCCAGAGCCUUUGACUCUCACCUUUCUCCGCCUCCAGGCUCUGGGGUGCUGGCUCCUCAGUGGGCAGGGGAAGCCCACAGACCCGGGGUAGGAGCUCUGUAGCCUCUGCGGUCGCCUCACCAGCACCUGGCCCCUCUGAGCUGGGCCCCUCCCUCCCUCCUUCCCCCCCCCCAUGUCCGUCCC